AUGCCGAAGAGAGGGUUGGACACUGAGCAAUACCCAAAACAUGAUCUCAACACAGCGAAAAGAACAAAGAUCAAUCUCGACGACAACAGUCCUAGGCCCCGACGGAGUCAAUCUAGCUACACGGUCGGUUGGAUUUGCGCUGUGGUCCCCGAACACGUCGCCGCCACAGUCUUUCUCGACGAAGAGCACGAACGACUAGAGAAUCUGUCUAGCAACGAUAACAACACCUACAAAUUUGGGAAGAUUGGAGAGCAUAAUGUGGUUAUUGGCGUCAUGCCUAAUGCAUCUGGCACAACAUCUGCAGCAUUAGUUGCAAGGGAUAUGCUACGCAGCUUUCCAAACAUUCGAACGUGUCUCAUGGUUGGAAUUGGCAGCGGGGUUCCAAGUUCCAAGCAUGAUAUCCGGUUGGGGGACGUUGUUGUCAGUAGUGCUCAGAAUGGCAAGGGUGCGGUGAAAGCAUUGAGAACCGAAUAUGCAAUUCGCGGUCACUGUCUUCAGGAAGCAAUCAGCGAUGUCUUGGAGAAGAAUAGUCGAAUAGCGAAAGACUAUCAGCUGCCGAACCCGAACACUGAUAGGCUUUACAAAGCUCAUGUUAUCCAUCCAAGUGGAGAGAAAGGCUGUGCUGCAGUUUGUGGUGAUGAUCCGUCUGAUCUCAUCGAGCGGCCGGAACGCGAGGAGAAUUUAGAAAUUCACUAUGGCCUCGUUGCUUCGGCAAAUCAGGUUAUGAAGGAUGCUACCUUUCGAGACAUAUUGGCAGAAGAGAAAAACGUUCUGUGUUUUGAAAUGGAAGCAGCAGGACUAAUAAAUCAUUUCCCAUGCUUGGUCAUUCGGGGUAUAUAUAACUAUGCAGAUACGCAUGACAAUAAGGAAUGGCGAGGGUACGCAGCGAUGACAGCUGCUGCAUACGCCAAAGAUCUUCUAUACCAAAUUCCUGUGAACCAAGUCAAUGCCAAGAAAAGAACAGCCGAAUAUAUUUCGGGUGUCCUUCAUAGCGACAAUGGAGAAAAUAGUGAAAUCAGCGUGAGUCCGGAUAGAAGAGAAGCAGAGAAACUUUCACUCAACGAGCGACAAAAACGUGCGUUACUUGACUCAUUACAUUUUGACCAAAUCGGUGCCCGCUACCUUGAUAUCAAGAAGGCUCAUGUGAAGACCUGCAAAUGGUUGCUAAGACAGGGUGAAUAUCUUGAUUGGCUUGACCCCAGAAAGUCGACCUUGAUGAAGUUCGCUUUGGAUAAUGCACGAAGUGCACUCGAGGGGAAGAGCAAUAUCAUUAUUGCCUUCUUCCUCAACGCACGUGGUGGAAUUUUGGAAAAGUCUACACUUGGGAUGUAUCGAUCACUGUUAUUGCAACUUCUCCAGGGACUUCCAGAACUUCAAGAUGUUGUUGAGUCUCUCGACUUGACCAUGUCAACACGGAAUGGGGUACCUCACAGAUGGGUUAUUGAGUUGCUCAAAGAACUCUUUGAACAAGCUGUGCAGCGUCUGGGACAACGUCGUUUGAUCUGUUUUAUCGACGCUGUGGAUGAAUGCGCCGAGUAUGAGAUUCGAGACAUGGUCAGCUUCUUCCAAAUCAUAGGUGAAGACACAACCUCGGCUGGUGUUCAAUUCCAUGUCUGCCUUUCAAGCCGGCACUAUCCUCAUAUCACCAUUCGAAAAGGCAUCACCCUAGUUCUUGAAGAACAAGAAGGACACCGCCAAGAUAUCGCCAACUACUUGGAUACUGAGUUGAAUAUCGGAGACACUGAUCUUGCCAAGCAGAUUUCCACUGAUAUUCAGAACAAGGCACUUGGGGUCUUUAUGUGGGUGGUAUUGGUGGAACGGCUUCGAGCUAUCCCUGGGGACUUACACCAGCUAUUCCGGGAUAUCUUAACUCGUGACCGCCGCGAAAACAAACGGUUACUGUUAUGCAUUCAGUGGGUCCUUUUUGCGAAGGAGCCAUUGAGGCGAGAACAACUCUACUUUGCUAUUCGUUCUGGUAUCAAACCUCUAUCAGCAUGGGAUCCUGAUAUCAUAACACCAUCUGUUAUGGAUAGAUAUAUUCUUGAUUGCUCUAAAGGACUUGUUGAAGUUACCAAGGGCAAAACACAAACAGUCCAAUUCAUCCACGAGUCUUUCAAUGACUUUCUCUUGCGAGAGAAUGGAUUAAGGGAAAUCUGUUCAGACCUUGAAACGAAUUUUCAAGAGCAGAACCAUGAGCGAUUAAAACAAUGUUGCCUCACGCAAAUGACUAUUGCCGCCAGGUCAAAUCUUGAGCAUACUUUCCUAAAUAGAGCAUUCCCGUUCUUGGAAUACGCUAUCCAAAACGUUUUGUACCAUGGAGACGCGGCUGAAGGAGGUGUCAAUCAGCUAAAUUUCAUCCAGACCCUUCAGCUUGGCAGAUCACACGCUGCUGGAAAUGGGCAUGAAGCUGUUUCUAAGCUCCUUCUUGAGAAGGGUGCUGAUCUCAAUGCACAAGACCACUAUGGCCGGAUCCCUGACUGUGGUGAUAAAUACGUCGGCAAACUCCUGGAAUCUGCGGGCGCCAUACAGUAA